UUCAUGCUGCAGAAAGUUUUGUGAAGUGAAUUGUUUGGUGUAAUAAAUAUAUGAAAAUGCCUAUUCUUGAGAAAAGAAAAGGUGAUGAAAUACUGGCCUUGGUGCCAGCUUCCAAAAAAACCAAAACCGAAGUUGUUUUCAGCAGUAGAGAAAAAGCUGUCAUUCAAAGUGGCCCACCAAGAACUUCUUCGUUAACGGCUCCCAUUAUGUUACUUGAGGGUCACCAAGGGGAUGUCUUUGCUGUUGAAUUUCACCCCGAGGGUCAAUAUCUCGCUUCGUCAGGUUUUGAUCGACAAAUUUAUAUCUGGAGUGUUUAUGGAGAAUGCGAAAAUGUAUCAGCUAUGUCAGGGCACAGUGGGGCAGUUAUGGAAAUGCAUUUUAGUCCGGAUGGAAGUCACAUCUAUACAGCGAGUACAGACACGACGCUUGGUUUAUGGGACUUUAUCGCAGGAACGAGGAUAAAAAAGUUGAAGGGCCACACCUCUUUUGUGAAUUCGAUAUCGGGUGCUCGAAGAGGGCCAAUUCAAUUAUGUUCGGGCAGCGACGACAGUACGAUUCGGAUUUGGGAUCCCAGGAAGAGAGGACAGUGCUUCACCUUGAACAAUACUUAUCAGGUUACGGCCGUGACUUUCAAUGAUACAGCUGAACAAGUCAUCUCCGGAGGGAUUGAUAACGAUAUUAAGGUUUGGGAUCUCAGGAAAAAUGCGGUUCUCUACAAAAUGAAAGGUCACACAGAUACCAUUACAGGAUUGAGUCUAAGUCCUGAUGGCUCUUAUAUUCUUUCCAACGCCAUGGAUAACACAUUAAGGAUUUGGGAUGUUAGGCCUUUUGCACCUUACGAACGUUGUGUGAAGAUCUUCACUGGCCAUCAGCAUAAUUUCGAAAAGAAUUUAUUAAGAUGUGCGUGGGCACAGGAUGGAAGCAAAGUUUCGGCGGGUUCCUCAGACAGAUUUCACUACAUCUGGGAUACGACGAGUCGCAGGAUUCUUUAUAAGCUUCCUGGUCAUAAUGGAUCAGUCAACGAUAUCGACUUCCAUCCAAAAGAACCAAUCGUCUGUUCGGGAUCUAGUGAUAAACAAAUAUAUCUAGGAGAAAUUGAACCUUAAUUCUGUAUUAAAUCAACGAAGUACAAGAACGAAAAUUAAAAUCUUAUAAGUUAUAA